AUGGCAUCAUCUCACAAACUCAUCAACAACAAUCCAGCGGGGGGCGCCAACGGGCACUGUGCGUUUGCUUCUGCUGAGAUCCCUCUUCCAGGCUCUCCCAGGACUCGAGACCGGACUCGAGGCGGACGGGUCAAUAACACAGGAUACGAUGUACAACCAUCGCCAGCAAGCCCACCACCACCUCCUACCGACCAGCCAAACCUGACCAUUUGCCGCUUCAUCGCCCAGACGCCCAGCCAAGACAAAGCCUGGGCGGCCUUGGCUGCAGAUACCAAGCACUACACCCAGCAUGUAUCCAGUCGCACCAGUCUUGCCUACCCUGCGGCCGCCGUUCAAUGA